UGGGGGCGGAGCUUCGUGUGUCCGCUGACUGAGGGCUAGUUCCAGGCCCGGUAGCUGAACGGCCGUGGUUCAGAUCACUCAGCUGGCUGCCGGGAGAGGUGAAGCACCGAGCCGACUGGCGGAGCAACCGAGAACAGAAGCGCUGCAUUUCAGCUCAGUUACUUAUGGCUUCCCCUAAAAUUGCUUCUCUCUCUUGGGGACAAAUGAAAGUACAAGACUCUACCUAUAAGGAUUGCAAAGUAUGGCCAGGAGGCAGUCGGGCUUGGGACUGGAGAGAAACAGGAACUGAGCAUUCUCCAGGAGUGCAGCCAGCAGACGUAAAGGAAGUUGCUGAGAAGGGUGUACAAACUCUUGUGAUUGGCAGAGGAAUGAGUGAGGCCCUGAAGGUGCCUCGAUCCACUGUGGAGUACCUUGAGAAACAAGGCAUUGCUGUGCGGGUCCUGCAGACGGAGCAGGCAGUGAGGGAGUAUAAUGCCUUGGUUGCCCAGGGGGUAAGGGUCGGCGGGGUCUUCCAUUCCACCUGCUGAUGGAGCCCACAGAGGGGAAUAAAGCACUAGACAGCAAUGCCCUGA